AUGCGGCGACUUACUCGAAUUUUAUUGAGCCAUUCCCAUGACUGGCAUUGGCAUGCCGCUGAAUUAUUCUUGUCCUGUGUCAAACUGGUUUGUGGACUAAUAUUCAAAGCGCUCGCGCUCAUCAUCAUUACUGUAAACGGCGGUCUUUUUGCUAAGGUACCGUUGUUUGAGAACGCGAUAGCUUAUUCCCGGCUGGCAAUAAUCCACGGAGUCUUGUGCGCUUACCAGCCCUGGCUGACGCGUAACCUCAAUGCGCGCCGUCUUUCCCGAUCUACAUCGACCGGAUUUGCUACAAAUAGCUGGUAUUCGAGGCGUUUUGCAUCGCACCCAGUGAUAUUUGCCUGGGCUGCCUUCGGCCUGGAAUCUGUCCUACGGGCAGAUUCUCCUCAGGUUGUCGACCUUGGAUAUGCGAUUUACCAAGGGACAUUCAAUUCUACCUCUAACAUAACGGAUUUCUUUGCUGUUCGUUAUGCAGCACCUCCUGUUGGUCAGUCAACUCAAACCCCAUCAUCGCGGGAUUAA